CGCGGCGGCGGCACGGAGCGGCGGCCGGCACAGGCGGCGGCGGAGCAGGUCAGUUGCCUUAAAAUAAUGCCAAAGACGAUGGAACCAGAAAAUCCUGCCAAGCAAACAGUCCUUGUUACUGGAGGAGGUGGUUAUUUUGGCUUCCGUUUAGGUUGUGCCAUGUAUCAAAAGGGAGUUGAUGUGAUUCUCUUUGAUGUCAUGAAACCACUUCAAACCGUGCCAGAGGGAAUAAAGUUCACGCAAGGGGAUGUCUGUUGCCUGUCUGAUGUGGAAGAAGCUCUUAGAGAUGUAAUCUGCGUAUUCCAUAUCGCUUCCUAUGGAAUGUCUGGCAGGGAGCAACUGAACCGAAAACUUAUAGAAGACGUUAAUGUGAAAGGAACAGAAAAUGUCAUCCGAGCCUGCAAGAGCACAGGAGUGUCAAGUCUGGUUUAUACAAGUACAUAUAAUGUGAUAUUUGGAGGCCAGAUUAUAGAAAAUGGGGACGAAUCUCUGCCUUAUCUACCUCUCCACCUUCACCCUGAUCACUACUCCCGGACCAAAUCUUUAGCUGAAAUGAAGGUGCUGGAGGCAAAUGGUGCUGAGCUUGGACAUGGAAAAGGUGUAUUAAGGACUUGUGCUCUCCGGCCAGCAGGUAUCUAUGGGCCUGGAGAACAAAGACAUCUUCCAAGAAUAGUUAGUUACAUUGAAAGGGGACUGUUCAAAUUUGUAUAUGGAGAUCCUCUGAGUUUAGUGGAAUUUGUGCAUGUUGACAAUCUAGUUCAGGCUCAUAUCCUUGCCUCUGAGGCCCUCAAAGCCAACAAACAACACAUAGCUGCAGGCCAAGCCUAUUUUAUUUCAGAUGGCAGGCCUGUAAAUAACUUUGAGUUCUUCCGGCCGUUAGUGGAAGGUUUGGGUUACAAGUUCCCGACUUGUCGCCUUCCUCUCUCCCUGGUCUAUUUUUUUGCAUUCCUUACUGAAAUGGUUCAUUUUCUUGUAGGACACGUUUAUAAUUUCCAGCCUCUCCUCACUCGCACAGAGGUUUACAAAACUGGUGUCACACAUUAUUUUAGUAUGGAGAAGGCCAGGAGGGAGCUGGGCUACGAGCCUCAGCAAUACAGCCUGAAUGAAGUGGUUGAGUGGUUUAAAUCUCAGGGCUGUGGACUAAAGCCAAGAAAGUAUACCAUGAUGCAUCUUCUUAGGGAUGGAGGAUUGCUCUUGCUGCUGAUUGCCGUGGUGUUCUCAUGGUUUCCGUCUGCAGUUACAUUUUCACUCUGAAAGAUCAAACACUGAGGACGGAGAACAGGAUUUAGUUACAUUCCCUGAAUUCUCCUGGUUAUGAUAGACAGGUAACAAGAGGAAAAGAAAACCUAACAAAAUACACAUUUGUGUCAUUCGGGCAAAGAUCUUUUAACAGUUUUAUCCCUGAGGAACAGAGUAAAAAGGGGUGAAUUUUAUACAUAGUGCCUCUUCAAAGUAAAACUGAUCAAAUCACUAACAGAUAAAAGGUCAAUAUUACUGCAAAGAGCAUUUUAUUUUCAGGUACAACAGCACGCUAAGGUGAAUGGAACAAAUGUCCUUAGACUGACCCUUCUCCCUCUCUGAUGGGAUUAUACUCUUCUCUGCCUUUUAUUCCUAAAGAGUUUGUGCUACAUGAUCCAGAGUAAAAUAAACUUACUCUUUGAUCCCAUUCCAAAACCAAAUUCUGCUCACCAGCUUGGAUAUAUAUAUGCCUGACCAAGAUUAACUGAUAAACUUG